AACUUUUCAACACAAUGAUAGAGAAAUAAAUAAAUACCAACUAUUUACUGACGAAGAAUCUUUUAACAACUUAAUUAAUCAAAAAUGUUCAUCUGAACAAACAUUAGUACAAUCUUUGCAACAUUUUUUUACUGGGUUCAAACAUCAAUUAUAUUCUUGCUUCAAUAAAAUUUAUGAAUUUUAUUUAAUACCUAAUUAUCAUACCGGAGAGAAUAUAAAAGAUGGAAUAGAAGACAUAGAAAAACAUCUGAUAGAGUCCUUAAGUAUCGUUAAAGAUAUAAAAAGAUCGGACCUUUCGAUAGAUUACUUAAACGAUAUCACCAUUGAAGACGAUAAAAAAAUUUUAUUACUUGAAUCAUUUAAUUACUACUUGAAGAAAGACAAAAUUAAUAAUAAAAGUUUAGAUAUAGAUGACUUAAAGAUUCCAAAAUAUUUAAACGAGAUUAUUGGGCUACAAAACCCACUAUCGCUAUGUAGUGAGAUAAAUGAUUUACAAUGA